GGCUUUUUUUCCCCCUGUUCCUCUGGUAGAAAAAGUGAAGGACAGGUAACAGAGCAGAGAGAGAGAGAGAGAGAGAACUUUCACUAAAAUACUAAAAAAGAUUUCUGUUUUGUUUUGUUGGCUUCAAAUCCAUCACUGUCCAUUUUGUACUGGUUUUGUUACCAUCUCCAGUUUCACGUUUUUUUUCUCUCUCCUCAGCUUCCUUUUCUCUCUUGCCCUUUUGUUAUUGUUACCUGUGCUGGUGAAAGAGGCCUCUGGGACUUAGUUUCAGUUUUCAAAAUUGGAGCUUUUUGCUCUGUGAACUGUGAUCUCUACACCAGUGCUUGGUUUUCUCAUCUGGGUAUUUUUGUUUUAGCUUUUCUAGCUCAAGAUGGCUGUUGAGAAUCAAAGGGGUCAUUUGGUGGAUGAAGAUGGGGCACGUGACCCCUUUCCUGCGGGUAUGCGUGUUCUUGCUGUGGACGACGACCCAAUUUGUCUCAAAGUGUUGGAGACCCUGCUUCGCAAAUGCCAGUAUCAAGUUACUACAUCUAAUCAGGCAAUCGAGGCCCUUAAAAUGUUGAGGGAAAAGAAAAAUAAGUUUGACCUUGUUAUUAGUGAUGUGAAUAUGCCAGACAUGGAUGGAUUUAAACUCCUAGAGUUGGUGGGACUUGAAAUGGAUUUGCCCGUUAUCAUGUUGUCAGCACACAGUGAUACAAAGCUGGUGAUGAAGGGUGUUACGCAUGGUGCAUGUGAUUAUUUGCUUAAACCAGUUCGAAUUGAGGAGCUCAAGAACAUAUGGCAACAUGUAGUCCGAAGAAAGAAUUUUGAUGGCAGGGAUCAGAAUAAGGCCUCCAACGAGGAGAAGGCUCCUAAUAUUGCUGGGGAAGGAAGUCAAGGCAUCAUAUCAGAAAACAGUGCUGACCAGAAUAAAAAGCUUGGCAAAAAACGGAAGGACGCAAGUGAGGAAGAAGAAGAAGAAGAAGAAGACGGUGAAGGGAAUGGAGAAGAUGACGACCCCUCAACACAGAAGAAACCUCGCGUAGUUUGGUCUGUAGAGCUGCACAGAAAAUUUGUUGCUGCAGUUAAUCAACUGGGCCUAGAAAAGGCUGUUCCUAAGAAAAUACUUGACAUGAUGAAUGUUGAAGGGCUUACAAGGGAAAAUGUGGCAAGCCAUUUGCAGAAAUAUAGACUCUAUCUAAAAAAGGCAACUCAGCAAGCUAGCAUGGUUGCUGCAUUGGGUAGUAGUGAUUCUUUCCUGCGGAUGGGUGCUUUAGAUGGAUAUGGAGAUUUUUGCACUUCAUCUGGAUCUGGAAGGAUCUCAAGUACCACAUUACCAUCAUAUGCAUCUAGUGGAAUUUUUGGUAGGCUGAAUUCCCCGGCUGGCUUGAGCUUGAGAGGAAUAGGUAACUCUGCACUAAUCCGUCCUGUUCAGUCUCAAAACAUUAACAGCUCCUUAAGCACACUUGGAAACAUUCAGCCAUCCAGGUUUCCUGCAAAUCAAAGCUCAAGUUUAUUACAGGGCAUUCCAGCAUCGAUUGAGCUUAACCAAUCUAAGCAAAACAACUUUGCAACGGGUAUAUCGCAGUUAAAUCAAGUUGAUUCAAGUGGAUUUACCGUUGCUUCUGGCUUCCCAGACAAUGGGACUCCUAUUAGUGGUGCAAACAAUUCUGUACCUUGUGUCUCAAAUAACCAUUUAUUGUUACCUGGAAAUUCACAACAAACACAUAAUACAGGAGCAUUUAGAAAUCAGUCUUCUGUUAGAGCAGCUUCUCUGGGUGCAGAAUCUUUUGACAUCGGCAUCUGCGGUCCUAAUUUGUUGGAUUAUAAUCGGUGUAAUGAAAACUGGCAGAGUGCAGCUCAGUUGUCUAAAUUUUCUACCAAUUCUUUGCCGUUGUGUGAUGCAUUCAAUAAUGACCAACUGCCUCCCCCUAGCAUAAAUGUUUCGAACUCAAGUACUCGCAUCGGUAACAGUCCGGUUGAUUUUUCUUCCAGAAUUUCAAUUCACAUUCCUUUGGAGGAUGAUAAAAAUGGGCUGCAAUGCCAGCAAGGCUUAAUUGGGAAUGUUGUACAGCCUUCAAGUUACACACCACGACAAAGGUGGGAAGAACAUAAACUGGAUUACAACCAAAACAUGUGUCAUCCAUUCAAUCCUCUAAAUGCACAGGCUUCUUCCACUGGUGGGACAAGUUCUUUAGGGAAUAACUUACACCAAAAUAAUAUAAUUUGCAGCAAUGGAGUUGAUGCAUCUUUGGUUGGCCAACUGAAUGGGGCUUCCCCAUCAAUCAACCAGUGCGCUGUAGUUGGGAAAUUCCCUUCUGACAUACGACUGAAGUCAAAUGAUGCCUACAUUUUGGAGCAAAUCAAGUCCCAAGAUGGAUCUGUUGAGAAUAAUUUCUGGACCUUGGAUGACAUAAUGGGUACCAUGGUCAAAAGGGAGCAAAAUGACUCAACAUUGAUGGAUGGAGAAAUGGGAUUUGAUGCUUACCCUGUUGGAUCAUGUAUCUGAUUUCUUCUGUUUCAGCAAGAAUCCAAGAGCAUUAAAAUCAUGAAACUUAACUCCUAUCUCUGGAGCCAAUUUAAUUGUGUAGUUUUUCUUUGAUGUACUUAUUUUUAUGUUCUGCUACGUAAUUUAUUCCCCUUUGCCAACAUUUUCUUGUUUCACUUAUGGACUUGUGUUUUAAUUAUCUGAUCCGUUCCAUCUCUUUUUUUCAUUAUUGUAGUGUGACCUCAUCAAACGUU